AUGGCUGGGAAAGGUGAAGGUCCGGCGAUUGGGAUCGAUCUAGGAACCACGUACUCGUGUGUAGGAGUAUGGCAACAUGAUCGUGUUGAGAUUAUCGCGAAUGAUCAAGGGAAUAGGACAACGCCAUCUUAUGUUGCUUUUACUGAAAGUGAACGUCUCAUUGGUGAUGCUGCUAAGAAUCAAGUCGCAAUGAAUCCCAUGAAUACUGUAUUUGAUGCCAAGAGACUAAUUGGUAGGAGAUGCAGUGAUGCAUCCGUGCAAGACGACAUGAAACUCUGGCCAUUCAAGAUCACACCAGGGCCAGGAGACAAGCCAAUGAUCAGUGUUAGUUACAAAGGAGAAGAAAAGCAAUUUGCAGCCGAAGAAAUCUCUUCCAUGGUGCUCAUCAAAAUGCAUGAGAUUUCUGAAGCUUUUGUCGGUUCAGCUGUCAAAAAUGCAGUCAUUACUGUCCCUGCUUACUUUAAUGACUCCCAACGCCAAGCCACAAAAGAUGCUGGAGCUAUUGCUGGUUUAAACGUUAUGCGUAUCAUUAAUGAACCUACUGCUGCUGCUAUUGCUUAUGGAUUGGAUAAGAAAGCCACCAGUGUUGGUGAAAAGAAUGUGCUUAUUUUCGACCUUGGUGGAGGUACUUUUGACGUCUCUCUUCUGACAAUCGAAGAAGGUAUUUUUGAAGUGAAAUCCACGGCUGGUGAUACACAUCUUGGAGGCGAAGACUUUGACAAUAGAAUGGUAAACCACUUUGUUCAAGAAUUCAAAAGGAAACAUAAGAAAGACAUUACAGGAAAUCCUAGAGCUCUUAGAAGAUUAAGAACAGCUUGUGAAAGGGCUAAAAGAACUCUUUCAUCCACUGCUCAAACCACCAUUGAAAUCGAUUCUUUAUACGAAGGUGUAGAUUUCUACUCCACCAUUACACGUGCAAGAUUCGAGGAACUUAACAUGGAUCUUUUUAGAAAAUGCAUGGACCCUGUUGAGAAGUGUUUAAGAGAUGCUAAAAUGGAUAAACGAAGCAUCCAUGAUAUCGUUCUUGUCGGUGGAUCCACAAGAAUCCCAAAAGUACAACAAUUGCUACAAGAUUCAUUUAGUGGAAAGGAGCUUUGCAAGAGCAUUAAUCCAGAUGAAGCUGUUGCAUAUGGGGCAGCAGUUCAAGCUGCAAUCUUGAGCGGUGAAGGUAACGAAAAGGUGCAAGAUCUUUUACUUUUGGAUGUUACUCCUCUUUCACUUGGUUUAGAAACUGCUGGCGGUGUCAUGACUGUUUUGAUUCCAAGAAACACCACAAUUCCCACCAAGAAAGAACAAGUCUUUUCGACCUACUCAGAUAACCAACCCGGUGUCUUGAUUCAAGUAUAUGAAGGUGAAAGAACACGUACACGAGAUAAUAACUUGUUAGGAAAGUUUGAGCUUUCAGGUAUCCCUCCUGCCCCUAGAGGUGUGCCUCAAAUCAAUGUUUGUUUUGACAUUGAUGCAAACGGGAUUCUAAACGUCUCUGCUGAAGAUAAAGUUGGUGGCAAGAAAAACAAGAUAACCAUCACCAACGAUAAAGGAAGAUUAUCAAAAGACGAGAUUGAGAAAAUGGUGCAAGAAGCCGAGAAAUACAAAGCUGAAGAUGAAGAGCAUAAGAAGAAAGUUGAAGCGAAAAACGCACUGGAAAACUAUUCUUAUAACAUGAGAAACACUAUAAAUGAUGAGAAGGUUUCAUCCAAGAUUCCUGCACCCGACAAGAAGAAGAUAGAGGAUGCCAUUGAUCAAACAAUUAGUUGGUUAGAUGCAAAUCAGCUAGCAGAAGUGGAAGAGUUUGAGGAAAAAAUGAAGGAGUUAGAAGGUAUUUGCAAUCCCAUUAUUGCAAAAAUGUAUCAAGCCGGUGGGGCUCCAGAGGCGGCCGCUGGAGCAACUACUAGUGCCGGUGGCCCACCUCCAGCUGGUGGCCCCAAGAUCGAGGAAGUCGAUUAGGUAUUGGUUGUGCAUUUAGAUUUUGGUGGUUUGAGAAUAAGGUAUCAAUUUAUCUAGUCUUGAUAAUAAUAGCUAAUGGCUUUGUUUAGAUAUAGGCAAUCAGAGCAGGAUGACAUGUGAAUGUAUCCUUAUUUUUGCAAUUGUUAGUUCUGUUUUAUGGGUACUCUAGCAAAAGGCUUUGUAGUUGAUUUAAAGUUCAUUUUGUACUAUUUUCUAUAAUUAAGAAGAUUAAAGGUUAUAUUGUGAGGAAGACUUAGCAUUA